GCAGGGUCUCGGCACCGCAGUUUGCUCGGCCAGCGGUGCGAGAGGAAGCCCCUGGCACACCCCCGGCUCACUCUCCAGCCUCUCGGCUGACAGCAGCCAAAAGGCAGAAGGUGCAUGAAGGCAGGCGGCUUCUCCGAGCUGAGCUCCGAGGGGAAAGCUCCGAGGAUUUCGUYUGCCUGCCUCUUAAGGCAGUGAAGUCUCCAUCCCCUCCCACGCUCCCUCCCCAGCCUGACCCUGUCCGGCGCAGGGGUGGUGGGACCUCAGCGUUCAUCUGCAGCUUCCCAACAAGCCCCAUGAAUCCCUACAUCAACUGCUCCAGUUCCGAAUUCCCCCUACCCCAGCAAGAYUUCCCUGUGGAGCCCAUCAGCCCUGAUCUCAGCAACAGGACUCACCCAGAGACUUUCCUGGACCCUAAGGAUGCCAACCUGACAGAGGAGCAGCUGCGGGAUAAGUACCUGGGACCUCGGCGGUCCAACUUCUUUUUCCCUGUCUGUGUCAUCUACCUGCUGAUCUUCUUGGUGGGGGCUGUGGGCAACACGCUCACCUGCAUYGUCAUCCUGCGGCACCGGUUCAUGAGAACACCCACCAACUACUACCUGUUCAGCCUGGCUGUGUCUGACCUGCUGGUGCUGCUGCUGGGGAUGCCGCUGGAGCUGUACGACAUGUGGAGCAAUUACCCCUUCCUGCUGGGGGCCAGCGGCUGCUACUUCAAAACGCUGCUCUUCGAGGCCGUCUGCUUCGCCUCCAUCCUCAAUGUCACAGCCCUGAGCGUGGAGCGCUACAUCGCCGUGGUGCACCCGCUCAAAGCCAAGUACGUGGUGACCAGGAACCAUGCCAAGAGGGUCAUUGUCACCAUCUGGGUUUUGUCAGUCAUCUGCUCCAUCCCCAACACGAGCCUCCAUGGGCUGCAGCCUCUCUACGUGCCAGGACGGGGGUGGGUGCCCGAUUCAGAGAUCUGCACCCUGGUGAAGCCACGCUUGACCUACAACCUCAUCAUCCAGAUCACCACCAUCAUCUUUUUCUUCCUGCCCAUGGGGACMAUCAGUGUCCUCUACCUUCUUAUUGGCCUGCAGCUCAAGAAAGAAAAGAUGCUGGAAGCCUUGGGAGCCAAGACCGGUAGCAGCCGCAACUGCCACAACACCCCGAGGCAGAAGAAAGUCAAGAGGAGGCAGGUCACAAAGAUGCUGUUCGUGCUGGUGGUGGUGUUUGGGAUCUGCUGGGCUCCCUUCCACACYGACCGCCUCGUCUGGAGUUUUGUCUCCACCUGGACCAGCAGCAUGCUCCACAUGUUCCAGUAUGUCCACAUCAUCUCAGGAGUCUUCUUCUACCUGAGCUCAGCUGCCAACCCCAUCCUCUACAACCUGAUGUCCACCCGUUUCCGGGAGAUGUUCAAGGAGGUGAUGUGCCGGCCCGGCCACCGCCCGCCAUGGGCACGGAAAUACUCGCCCAGCGUCACCCGCACCACCACCCGCAGCACCGAGUGUGAGCCCGUGCCCGGUGCCAACGGGCUGCCCCUCUCUGAUGCUGAGGAGUACGAGCUGGAGGACAUGGACAGGGGCCAGACCACCACCCACACGAUGUCCCUCUGCUGAAGAGUUGGACAGGGAAGGAGUGGCACCAGCUUUCUGCAUCACCAGCACCCAUCUGACUGUGGCACUCAUCCUGUGGUGGGGAGUGGGGCAGGARUGAUGGAGGGAUCCCUGCCUCUCUGUGCUGUCCCAUUGGGAUGGAAAGGCUGGUUAUAUCAGCAGCUCUGCUCCAGGGGCACAGUGGCAGUGGCCUUGCUGUGUCCUGGAUGCACUGAGAUGCAUCCUGCUGUGCUCAGCACCAGGCCUGACAAUGCCAGGGCAUCCAUCGUGGUGUGGGGACAGCUGAUUUGUAUGUCAGGGGUAUGCCAGCAAUCCCAAAAACAAUUCCAUCCCUCCUGGCCCAGUGGUGUGAGCCCACAGGCRCUGGAGCCAGGGGUUCAGGCACCCCAGGUUGUUUUGGAACACAGGGAUUGAUGGGUGCCCCGAGAGGUGCUCACCUCUGGGCUGAGAUUCACAGGAGUGUGACAGGUUUGCAUAGGAUGGGGUGGACAAAAAAUGGUCUGUGGCCCCUUGAGACCCCCUCAGGGCUGUCUGGCACCACUUUCCCAGCCUUUCUCAUGCCCAGCACUCCCAGCCCUUUGAGAGUCAGGGAAGGAGCAUGGCUGCUCCCUCCAGAGCUGGAGUGUGUGGGGAGAAAUACAAAGGGAUUUCCAGACUGCCUGUAGAGCCAAGGCAGAGCUCCAUGACUGACUGUGCUGCAUGAAUAUGCUCCCCUUGUCCCUCUCUGACCAGCAUGUGGUGGGUGACAAUCCCCUCUUCCUCUCCCCAUUGUGGUCACCUGCACUUGUGGGGAAUGUGGGGAGCCCUUCUCCAUCCCUGCCCAGCAUGGGCUGAGCCUCAUUGAGAAUUAAAAAAAGCCACUGGCCUGAUUUGUGCCCUGGUUGUGUCCCCCAGCACCCAGCUCUGCUCCCAGCAUGGGACUGGACCCAGGCCCUGCUCCUGGGGAGGAUGAUGGAUGGGCCACAUGCCAGGGUGAUGGACACCAGGGGUCU